UAAUGGAUGCCGACGCCGACCCCUCCUUUUUCGAACCCGCCUCUUCCUCCCCUUACACCAAAUCCCCAUGGUCCUCCCACUUAACGCCCUCCCCUGCCCCCUCCGCCGACGACACUUCCUUCCUCCCCAAUGUCCUCAUGGGCUCUCUCGUCCGCGAAGAAGGCCACAUUUACUCCCUCGCCGCCUCAGGGGACCUUCUCUACACUGGCUCCGACAGCAAGAACAUCCGCGUCUGGAAAAGCCAUAAGGAAUUCUCCGGUUUCAAAUCCAACAGCGGCUUGGUCAAAUCCAUCGUAAUUGGCGGUGGAAAAAUCUUCACCGGCCACCAGGACGGCAAGGUCCGUGUCUGGAAGGUCUCCAGUCGAGAUCCAAGCGUCCACAAACGAGUUGGGACUUUACCCACAUUGAGCGAUUACAUCAAAUGUACGAUGAAACCCAGCAAUUACUUGGAUGGGAGACGGCGGAGGAACCUCUGGAUUAAGCAUUUCGAUGCAAUUUCGUCUCUGAGUUUGAGUGAUGACAAUUUGUUUUUGUACUCUGCUUCGUGGGACAAAACGUUCAAGGUGUGGAGGGUGUCGGAUUCGAAAUGCUUGGAGUCGAUUGAAGCUCAUGAUGAUGCUGUUAAUACGUUGAUUUCGAGUAUGAAUGGAUUAGUGUUCACUGGGUCGGCGGAUGGCAGCGUGAAAGUGUGGAGAAGAGAGCUGCAGGGGAAAGGGACGAAGCAUUUUUUUUCACAGACAUUGGUGAAGCAGGAAUGUGCGGUGACGGCUCUGGCAGUGAACGAAGGAGCUAAGUUUGUGUACUGUGGGUCGUCGGAUGGAGUGGUGAAUUUUUGGGAGAGGGAGAAAUCGUUGUCGCAUGGCGGCAAUUUGAAGGGGCAUAAGCUUGCAAUUCUGUGUUUGGCGACGGCGGGGCGGUUGUUGUUGAGUGGCUCCGCCGAUAUGGGGAUAUGUGUGUGGCAGAGGACAGUGGCAGAGCAUUCGUGCUUGUCGGUGCUGACGGGGCACACCGGACCGGUGAAGUGUUUGGCGGUUGAAAGGGAUAAUGAGGCUGGGGAAGGAGAACAACGGAGGUGGAUUGUGUAUAGUGGCAGUUUGGAUAAGUCGGUGAAGAUGUGGAGGGUGUCGGAACAGUCGCCGUCGGCGAUCGUGCAAAGUUCGCCGCAGUACUCACCGGUAACCUCCCCUACGGCGGGGCUCUUGGUAAAUGCUCCCAGUAACUCACUUGAGACUAAGGAUGUUACAUCAUGA